CAUUUUUGUUUCAGUUGUCUUGCUCCUGCGUUUUUUUUUUAAUUUAAUUUUUUUUUAUUUUUACCUUGAUACUAAUGCAGUAUGGAAACUUUUGUGAAAAAAAAUAGAAUCAAAUUAGAUCCAGAGCAUUGUUGAAGAAGCACUACAAUGAGAGGCAUCUCUCGGUUUGAAGGACGUGACAUAGAAGCAAUACGGAACAUGGAGCAUUCAUUCCACGCUCUGAGCCUGAAAUGUGCGUUUCCUGUCUCCGAAAGGUUGUUGGAGUUCCUCCCGGAAGGCAAAAAAUUCUGCAAACAGAAAAACAUCUUCCUGAGCGAAAGAGAAUUUACGAUGAAAAUAAAACUACUCCAGCUGCAUUUUAAAUCGAAAAGGUUUGCGCAUUUAGUUCACUGCUCCGUCCUUACAAAUAUCUGCAACUUCAUUUAUAGUCAUAUGAAGAUUUAAAUUCCUUUAGGUCACUUUUGUGAUCCUUCUGCGUAUUUCAGCCUCGUAAAGCCAAAAAGCUUUCAGUGCAUCCCAUGGCCAAAAGAAAUAAACGAUGAAAAAAGAUAGAAAAAGAAAUAAACGAUUUUGGCCGGAGAAGAGAUAGUUACAUUUUUGUAUUCUUUUGCGAUUCGCUUUGUAUUUGAAAAUGCCAACUUGCGCUUUGUCCCCAGUGGACUCGAAGAAACGCCCCGAUUAUUUCCAGCGAAGAAAAGUUGGCAGCAUCAGGGACAAUCCUAAACUGCUCAAAAUAAGGCAACAGUUUGAAAACGCUUGCCAAGAGUCCUCGUCCUCCAAACUACAGAAUAAUUCCAAAGUUGUUGGUGGAAGUGCGCCAAGUUCAGUUAGUCUUCUAAAAAAUGGCAACGCAUUUGUCAUCGAUCAAUUACUUAAGAUUAAUUCUAAGUUUUCAGAUAAAUCAGAGACAUUCUUGAGAAGUCAACUGGACGCGACCCAAAAUCGUCGCAACUCUGAAGGCGAUAUAAAAGAUCACAAGCCUUUCUCUGUUGCUGUUUACGAAAAUUCUCCGAAGAUAUCUCAUAAGGAAUUCCAAUCUACUGAAAGCGUUUGCUCUCCAAGUUCUGAAGCAACCUCUUUAUCAACUUCAUUAUCUUCAUUUUCACUUAAAUCGGAGCGAUGUUUAUUCCCACGGACUACUCGGGACGAAAAAAAUGGUUUUAGUAAGAAAUACUCGGCACAGAAUUCGUCAUCUGAAUCCGGUGUGUGCACGAAUUCGUCGGCUUCUGAAGAGGAUUGCGUAUCGUCCGGCUGCAGGCCAGCGGUGGACGAAAAUGCAAAUAAAUUCUUUCGUCUCUUAAAUGAGGAGGCACCACCCAUACCACGGCGAGGGAUCUCCCCAGCGGUUCAGAAUAGCUUUGUCCAUUCUCGAUUGAGCUCUUCCAAUCGCCCAUCGUCAUCAUUCAUAGGUCGCGACUCAUCUGCAAGUAGUAAGAAUAAUGUACAAAAAGCCAUCCAGAUAUAUGAAGGCAUGUCUUCUAUUGAGUUGAAAAAGAACAAAACCGCCAAAACUGCACUGCGGAGGGAUGACAGCACCUCAAGUCGGAGAUCUUUCCUCCUGCGUCGUAACUCCCGUAGAAGUAGUUUACGCAAAUCUAGACAUUUCCAUGAAAAGGAUGACCCUUCUUCUGUUGCGUACCCUGUUAAGAAAAAGGAAACCACUUACAAAGAUGAUAGCGGUGUUGUUAUGAGCGAUGGUGAAGACAGAAAUCAGAGCAUUUAUCAGACCCUUACUUCUACUGUAAACAUAUUGCAAGCGGAAUUUGACCCUUACGACAGGUUGAACAGGCUGCACGAUGCAGUCAACCGCAUUCACAAAGGACAGUCUUCCAAUUGUGCUGCGUGCAAAGCUAUUCCUUCCAGUGUCCUUCGUCUGCGAACCGAUGAUUCCUCUUUCAUGCAGAUCAAGUGCAAUGAGCUUGCUCCACACCAUCAUCCGCCGUGCAUCUGCUUUGCGUGUCAGCAUUCCAUUUUCACGUGCUCGGAGAACUCUCAGCUGCCUUCUGAAGAUGCAGAGAGCGAAGACAGUCUUUAUUAUAAUGUAUGUUGCUUGAAUUCGCCGAAUCGGGAAAGCUGGAGACAGUCCAGGAGAAGGCCAGUCUGUGAACAAAAUGGCAGGCUUUGUAUCGUUAACUGUGAUAUGGAAAAGUGUUCCAGCAACUGCACUAAACCCAAGAAACCCCAAGACGAAUAUUACACGAAUCUAUCCGAAUGCCAGUCAUCUACUCGGGAGCGGAAAAAUACUUCCAGACAUAUAUCAGGAGAUUCAUGUGACAGUGAUGAAGGCUGGGUAGAUAUAACCGACUCUGAAGAUGAAAAAUCUUUAAUCACAGGUCGAAGAAGUAAUGGUACUGCAACUUCCCAAGGCAUUUAUGAUAAUUCAUGCCCACCAAGUAUCAUCCAGAAUGCAUCAGAUGAAAUUGAUCGCCUUGUGGUAAAAUACGCACAGCUUGAUAUAUCUAGAGCAGCAUCAACAGAACACCUUUAUGAAAGCAUAGCUGACAUAGAUGGCCUGUCUGAUGAAAACACUAUAAAAGAACAAAACUCUCCAAAUGACUCUAUUGCUGGUUCCAUAAAAAGUGACCAAAACCCAGAAAAUGAUAUGGACAGUGGAGAAUGGUCUACUGAAAGUGCAUCCCCUACAUUUGAUGAAUCAACCAACAAAGAUAAUUCUGAACAAAAAUCUUUAAACUUAAAUCAGUACAGAUUUACAGUGAAUUCAGAAACUCAAGAAACAGCUAAAAAAACCUUUAUGAAGUCUGUUCUGGGCAAAAAAGCUGUCCCAACAAAGAAACGGCGAAUGUCUAACUUCUUUGUACCUUGGUUAGUUUCGAGUCAUGAAUAUGAAUCAACAAAAACUCACAAAACACGCCUACAGAAACAAACUUCUCGCUCCCAAAUGACUUCUCCAAAGACUCCUUGCAAGAAUAAACGAAGCCAGUCUAUACCUACUGUAGUUACGCCUAACAUAACUAUUUCUUGCACAAAGGGUGCAAUGAGCUCUUCAGAUCUUUUAGAAAGAUUCAGAAAUAAAGAUGGAGAUGCAGAAGGUAAUAAUCUCCUUAGUCCAGAUGGUCCACCAUCUGUGUGUUCAAGAGAAUCAAUUGCCUCAUCUGCCUACCUCAGAUCAGACCAAAUAACAACAAAUGAUGCUGUUAGAAGUAAAAAUUGUGUGCCAAUAGAGCCUGCUGUAGAUGUGGUGGUUGAAAAAGUUCAUAAACGAUCACCUUCUGGAAACAGUGAUCAUAGUUAUAUUAUGUUUGAAGCUGUAAAGGAAGAGAAUGUGCCACUUUACCAAUUCUAUGAAAGAAACAUUAAAGAAAGAGUUUCCUUUUGUCGAAGUCCAAAGAGCUUAUCGCCUGUCAUGUGGUCUGGGACCAAUGAAAAUUGUUCUACCACUGACUCUGGAUCUAAACCUGUCAUGCCUCAGUUUUCUGUGGUUGAGCAACUUAGUCCUGAUGCACAGGACAUGAAAAUGCUGUGGUGUGAACUUCCUGAGGUUAAAGAAAGUGGUAUUCUUGAAAGAAUAUCAGCCCAGGAAUUAAAACUACAAGAAGCCAUAUUUGACUUCAUUCAAUCUCAAGCUUCUUUUAUCAGGAGUCUUAAGGUGCUUUUUGAAAAUUUCAUAAGAACUCCUGAAUUUUCUGAUUUCGAAUCCUCAUCAUGUGUCUUAAGCAAGCAUGAACAUGAUGUUCUUUUCUCUGACAUUGUACGUGUUAUGGAAGUUAGUAAGAGAUUAAUGAAGGAAAUAACCCAACGAUGGAAUGAUGGAAUCUUGAUACCAGAUAUAUGUGACAUAAUUCAUCACCAUGCAGUACAACCUACAUUUUCCGUGUAUGUAAAGUAUUGUUCAAACCGAGUUUACCAAGAGAGGACUCUGAAAGAAUUGAAAGAAACUAGGUUAUGCUUUUUAGAAGUCCUUAGAAAGCUUGAAAGCAAUCCAGUGUGCCAAGGCCUGAGCUUAGAAUCCUUUUUAUUCUUACCCAUGCAGCAUAUAUCUAGAUUGCCAUUACUUUUAGAUAAUAUUUUUAGAUGGCUUGUACCCGAUUCUCCAACAUAUGGCAUAUGCAAAGGAGCACUUGAAGCUGUCCACAAAGUUUUCAUAGAAUGUAAUGAAGGUGCUAGAAAAAUGGAAAGGCUAGAAGAAAUGUUUGUACUUCAGAAACAGUUAGAGUUCAAGGAAUGCAAAGUGAUUCCUUUGAUAUCUGCUUCAAGGUGGCUGUUGAAAAAAGGUGAAUUAACGAAAUUAGAGUUUGAUAAAAAGACAUUUGGUCGCUCAAAUCGUUGUAUACGUGUUCCUAUUUACCUUUUCCUAUUUAACGAUGUCCUGAUUAUCACUAAAAAGAAAAAUGACGAUUGCUAUACGGUUGUGGAUUACUGUUUACGAGAAAAAGUUCAGGCCAUGGUGGUCAAUGCAAAAGAUCUUCAACAACCUGUAGUUGUCCCAAAUACUUGUAGAUAUUUGCUUUAUCUCACCUUAUUUAAUAAUCACCAAGGCAGUGCUGUUGAUAUGAUAUUGAAUUGCACUCUUCUGAGUGAAAGAACCCGUUGGAUUGAAGCCAUUCAAAAUGUUCCUCAAAACAAGCCAUGUGAAGUCUGGGAAUAUGAUUGUCCCCAAGUACAAUGUGUGAGAAGUUACAUAGCACAGCAGCCAGAUGAGCUUUCACUUCAGGAAUCGGAUGUUGUGACUGUUCACCGAAAAAUGAAUGAUGGAUGGUAUGAAGGGCGACGACUGAGAGAUGGACUCCAGGGUUGGUUUCCAGCAUCUUAUACAAUGGACAUUCCUUGCUCACGUGCCAGAGCUUCCAAUCUAAGACAGUGCUACAGAUUACUUAUGUUGUCACAAACACAAUAAUCUGUGCAAUGUGCAGUUGCUUGACAUUACAAAUUGUUGUGUUCAGUUAACUUGAUGUGUUUCACUGGAUUAAAUUUUUUAGCUGUAAAAAUACUUAAAAUUAAAAGGCUAUUCAUCAGCAAACUUUGAAGAAAUUUUUUUAUUAAUUUUUAUUUCAAAUAUUUGUUUUUAAUAUUAUGCAUUUUAUUUUCAUUGAAUUUGAUAACUAAAAUGGUAUGUUCAACUAAAUUAGCAAAACUUUUUGUGUGUUGGCUAUUUUUUUUGUUUGUUUUUUCCUGUGUAAAUAUAUUUAAAUAAAUUAUUUUUGCAUCUGGUUUAAACAUUUUAAUUUUGAUAUUGAUUCAGUCUUUGAACUACAGUGCUAUUGUGAAAGUCCCCUUAAAGUUUAUAUUUCUUAUAGGUUCUUUCUUUUGAUUACCACCAAAUCACAUCAGUUUUAUAAAUAUUGAUGGUAUUAUUUAUAUUAUUUUGUUUCAUUAACAAUAUUUGACAUACAUUAUUUUUAAAAUUGACUUUAAUAAAAUAUUUUAAUGAAUGUUUUCUUUAUAUUAUUCUUCAUACUCAUCAUAAUUUCUGUACAUAGCAGUACAUUCCAUAGCAACUUCACAAUUGUAAUCUAUCAAUGUAUGUAUGCAAGGAAAUAAUUUAAUUAUUUUUGUUUAAUGCUUUAUUCUCGGAAAUGUACAAAAGAAGUCUGUGUGGCUUUCAAAACUGAAUUUAACUAUAAAUACUAAUUAGGAAGAGUAAUUUGAUUCUCAUCGGUGAAGUGCAAUUCAAACUUUUUCUUUUUUGCUUGAAAACAAAGUGUAGUUGAUAAAGCAAAAGGUAAAAUUUGUAUUAAGAAUUGCAAAAUCAGUUUACUUCUAGAAUAUAAUUGUAAAAAAAUAUAUAUAUAAUGUGCUUUAUCAUACUCGGAAAGCUGUAUAUAUCUUCAAGUUUUCGCUUUUGUUAUUGUUUUGUAUA